UAUAUGAUAUCUCUCUCUUCCGCCUUUUCUCUCGUCUCGUCCCUCCAUCACUCUGCGAAGCUGAAUCUCAGCGGACGGAAGUUCUCUGCUUCCAAUGGCGGGUUAGCUGAAGCCGUGACCAAUGACAGCAGAACACCGAGGUUCAAGAACAACAGUAAACAGAAUUCAGAUCUCCGGUCCUGGUCCGACCUUCCUAUUGAGCUGCUGGAAAUGAUAUUCUGUCGGUUGUCUCUUCAAGACAACAUCCGUGCCUCAGUUGCUUGCAAGGGAUGGCACACGGGUGCGGUCUCUGUCAGAGUGGUGAACCAACCUCCAUGGCUCAUGUACUUCCCGAAAUUUGGUAACUUGUAUGAGUUCUACGACCCAUCACAGCGCAAGACCUAUUCACUAGAGCUGUCAGAGCUUUGUGGGUCGAGAGUGUGCUAUACUAAGGACCGAUGGUUGUUGCUCUACAGACCUAGAACACAUCGUGUCUUCUUUUUCAACCCGUUUACUCGGGAGGUCGUCAAACUUCCCAGGUUUGAGUUGACGUUCCAGAUAGUCGCCUUCUCUGGUCCACCAACAACUUCAGGCUGCGUGGUAUUUACAGUGAAGCAUAUCAGUCCUACAGUUGUUGCUAUCAGCACUUGUCACCCCGGGGCAACCGAAUGGGUUACUGUUAAUUACCAGAAUCGGCUGCCUUUUGUUAGUAGUAUAUGGAAUAAGAUAGUUUUCUGUGAUGGAGUCUUUUACUGCUUGAGUCUUACGGGUUGGUUAGGUGUUUUCAACCCGACGGAACGUACUUGGAACGUUCUUGCUGUACCGCCCCCUAAAUGUCCUGAGAACUUCUUUGCUAAGAACUGGUGGAAGGGGAAAUUCAUGACCGAGCAUGAUGGAGAUAUUUUGGUUAUUUAUACUUGUUGCAGUCAGAAUCCGAUUAUAUUUAGGUUGGAUCAAUCAAACAUGGUCUGGGAAGAGAUGAGUACUCUCAAUGGGUUGACAUUGUUUGCAAGUUUCUUGUCAUCUCAUUCUAGAAUUGACCUGCCGGGAAUUAUGAGGAACAGUGUCUAUUUCUCUAAGGUUCGCUUCUUUGGGAAAAGAUGCAUAUCCUAUUCUCUUGAUGAUCAUAGAUACUAUCCUCGGAAGCAGUGUUAUGAUUGGGGUGAACAAGAUCCUUUUGGGAAUAUUUGGAUUGACCCUCCUGAUGACCUCUCGAGUAUCCUCUGAGCAGCACCUGAAGCAGUUUUGGUCAUCUUCAAGUUUAGGAGAACUUAUUAUCCGCAUCAUAGUCAACCGCUGGGGAUUUCUGCAGGAAAGAAGCACAAGCAUAUGCAUACUGCGGUCGUUGUGAUGUGAUCGAAGGGAAAUAUUAGGAAGUUGUUUUGCCUGCUGAGAACUGGCAGUUGGUCCCUAAGAGAAAGUUGUUUAAUUUAAUCCCUCUUUUGAUCCCCUUGAUUGAAGGAGCAAGGGACACAAAAGUGUAUGUAUUUUUAUAGAAUAGUGUUGUGCAUCGAAUGGAUGUAUGCCUCACAAUUGUAAUGUCCAAACCAACUGCGUUCCAAUAAAG